UCUAAGCGUAGUAAAAAAAAAAAAAGUAUUCUAAUACUCUUUUAUUCAACACAUGUCAGAAACCAUUACGAAAUUCACUGUCUUAUUUACUGCCCAGAAGCAAAAAAAGAACAAGACAUGGCAAGACGGUUAUAUGAAGUACUUUAGUUUUAACAAGAAGCUGUCUCUGUUUGAUGAAAAAGGAUAUAAAAUUGACCAAAAAUUCUAUAAAGCAGGUUUGCCCGCAGUCGGUGAUGAAUUAGUAUUUGACGGUCAUCUCGUUACGUUAGAAGCCCUUGAAUCAACUGAACCCUCGACUACGUCAACUCGACCCUAUCAUCAACCACCACCACAACAAGCACAUCGACCGGUAAUCCUAGUGAGACAACCCGUACCGAGCGUAGUAGAGUCCCCAGAACCGAUCAUUACAACAAGAAUACACUUACCUCCUACCACCACUACUACUACAAUCCCAAAAAAGAGAGCCCCGUUUGGAUUAUCCAAACGAACGAGUUCAACACUUCAUCAAUCCACGCAUGCUGAAGCCUAUAAUUUAUCAGCGAGUACAAUCAACUUACGGAACGAAAGCCCAUCCAUUCCACAAACGACAGUUCCACAAGAAAGUCCGCCUGUGACAGCGACGAUCCCAUCACGUAUGCAGGAAUCUAAUGUACCUAACAAAAGAUCGAGAAUGGGAUUAUCCAAACAUACGACAUCUAGUCUUCACGCAUCUGCACGUAUAGAACCUUCCGCUAUGGAAGUGGAUUCAGUGCCGCCUAAUAUGGCAGAACAGAAUAAUAUAUCUACGACAAGACCUCAAGGGUAGUAUUGUUUUAUCACAUUCCAAUAUUUUAUUUAACGUAUCUCGCAAAAAAAUAUUAGAUCCUUUACACCUGCAUCAAGAGUAGUGGUGCCUGUGGAGAACUCGGAAUCAUCAUCAAGCUCCAAUGGACAAGUGGAACAAAGAUCUUUGGCCUCUGAGGGAAAGUAAGUAGAGUGACAAUAGGAUAUAUAUAAAAACAA